AUGUCGUUUUUCUAUCUUUGCGUUAUCAUCUUAUUCCUCAGUACUUCCUCUGCGUUUGGUAGUGGAUUAGGGGUCUCUUCCUCUCAGUCGUCAUCAAGUGAAACAGAGGCUCUACUCAAAUGGAAAGCCACUCUCCAAAACUACUCUGUCCCUGCUCUCCGUUGUUGGAAGCUUACAUUGUCAUCCUCAGCACCAAUCCCCUGCUGCAACUGGUUUGGUAUAACUUGUAACAAAGCCCGAACCAGCAUGGUUGAGAUUAGCCUUCCAGGACUGGAGCUGCAAGGUACGCUUCACAACUUCACCUUCUCUUCCUUUCCCAAUCUCUUCAGUCUCAAUCUCAGUGGCAAAGGACUCACAGGAGCCAUACCAGAUCAAAUUGGUAGCCUCUCCAAACUCACCAACCUUGAUCUCUCCAAUAAUAAUCUUUCCGGCGUUCUGCCUCCCUUGAGUAAUUUAAGCAGCCUGCACUUCUUAGACCUCUAUGGCAAUGAAAUCAGUGGCACAAUUCCUUUAGAAAUAGGGAAUAUGAAAAAUCUGGUUGAGUUAGCAAUAGGUUCGAAUAAAUUCACUGGUAUGAUCCCCCAUGUCCUAGCUAAUAUAAGCGACCUUCACUUUCUAUACUUGCAUACCAAUGAACUCAGUGGUCCAAUACCUUACGCAAUGGGAAAUCUAGAAAAUUUGGUUACGUUGGACCUAGAUGCAAACAAGCUCAGUGGUCCAAUCCCUCAUUCUCUGUCUAAUUUAAGUAGACUAGAGAGCCUCUAUCUGUUUGACAAUCAAUUAUCUGGUCCAAUGCCUUCAGAAAUCGGAGAUAUGAAAAAUCUGAUUGACUUGGAGCUAUCUCAUAACAACCUUAGUGGUCCAAUCCCUCAUUCUCUGUCUAAUUUAACUAGACUGGAGACCCUCUAUUUGUUUGAAAAUCAAUUAUCUGGUCUUGUGCCUUCUAAAAUUGGAGAUAUGAAAAAUCUGAUUGACUUGGAGCUAUCUCAUAACAGCCUUAGUGGUCCAAUCCCUCAUUCUCUCUCUAAUCUAACUAGACUAGAGACCCUCUAUCUGUUUGACAAUCAAUUAUCUAGUCUGGUGCCUCUAGAAAUUGGAGAUAUGAAAAUUUUGGUUCAAUUGGCACUACAACAAAACAAAUUCCGCGGUCCAAUCCCUCAUUCUUUGUCUAAUUUAACUAGACUAGAGACACUCUAUUUGUAUUCGAAUCAAUUAUCUGGUCUUGUGCCUUCUGAAAUCGGAGAUAUGAAAAAUCUGAUUGACUUGGAGCUAUCUGAAAACAACCUCAGUGGUCCAAUCCCUCAUUCUCUGUCUAAUUUAAUUAGACUAGAGACCCUCUCUUUGCAUUCGAAUCAAUUAUCUGGUCCAAUGCCUCCUGAAAUCGUAGAUAUGAAAAAUCUGAUUGAAUUGGAGCUAUCUGAAAACAACCUCAGUGGUCCAAUCCUUCAUUCUCUGUCUAAUUUAACUAGACUAGAGUCCCUCUCUUUGAAUUCGAAUCAAUUAUCUGGUGCCAUACCUCAAGACUUUGGUAGCCAAGCAUCCAUUGUAAAAUUCCAGUUGUGCAACAACCUCUUAUCUGGAAGAUUACCGCAACAAAUAUGCCAAGGACGAUCACUUCAAAGAUUAGUGGUUCAAAACAAUAGUAUUACGGGUCCUAUUCCUGACUUCAGAAAUUGCACAAGUUUAAUGAGAGUUAGACUUGAAAAAAACCUAUUAGUAGGAAAUAUAACUGAUAGUUUUGGUGUAUAUCCGCAUCUUUAUUACAUUGAUAUGAGUUACAACAGACUAUAUGGAGAGCUAUCACCAAAUUGGGGAAAAUGUAAGAAUUUGUCCGUUCUGAAGAUUUCUGGAAAUAAUAUUAGUGGGAAGAUACCACCUGAGAUUGGUCAGCUAACAUGA